GUGGCAGGGGCAGCAGUCGCCAGCAGGGGCGGAGCUGCCGGCAGCAUGCAACCACAAGCCGCCGCCGUUGCCGCCGCUGCCACGGCUCCGGAGGAGGAGCAGGAGGACGACGAUGGCUCAGUGGCGGUGCAGGCGGAUGCAGCGGCGGCAUCGGCGCGGCGGGCGGCGGCGGCAGCCGCGGAGCAGGCGGCGGUGGCGGCGGCGGCGGCCCGGGCAGCGGUGGAGGCGGUGCGGCGGGCUGAGGCGCUCCUGGCGGAGGCGCUGGGUGCGCGGGGUGAGCUGGUGUCCUGGUGGGGGCACGUGGGGCCUGGGGCACGAGAGGUCGGCGUCGCGAAGGAAGUGGCGGUGGUGAAGCGAGGGCGGUAUUGCAGCGCAACGCAGCGCACAGGGGGAUGUUGAGGCACAGGAGCAUGUUAACGGAAACAGAGACCCACCGCUGACGCCCUGGAAUGUGCGGAGAGGCGGAGCCGUUUCCACGAAGGAUUGGUGUGCGGGAGCAGGCAGAUCCGUUGAGUGUCCAGUGUUGCACUGUGCAGUGUGCAUCGACUGUCCCCGAGCUUAGGCUAGUCCAGGUAGCAAUAGAUGGCCGCUGCGCGCUUGCACGCUCAGGUGGUCCUCUCCUCCUGUAACACAGCAAUCAUAAACCACCGCAAACUCUGGCAAGGAUUUAUUUGCUUGGACGUUCGUUGUCAGCCGUUAACACUGUGACAUUGCCCGUAUCUUCCGUCCAUCGCCGUCGGUGACUUGGGAGGUCAGGCGCCGCGUGGCGGUCCACAGCGGCGGCGGGGAGUGUGCUUCUUGGGUGCGGCGUGCGCGUGGGCCAACAGCCCUGUCGUUAACCCCGGGCCCAGUACUGCUGAUAGGCCUCUGCCAGUUGCUGAGAGGUAGAGAUGGAGAGACGACCCCGCCAUUGGGGUGCUGCUCUCCGGCCUGGCAUACACCAGGCGUGGCCGAGCCAUGGCAAAGGCGGACUUCGGUGGCGAGCUGUGAAGAGUGAUGAAAGCAAGGACGUAGAGUGUCUGUA